CCGCGGCCCGCUCGCGGUGACGGCGACGGCUAGCCAGCUGCGCGUUUGUGUUGCUUGCUUGUGUUUUUCGGUUAUCGUAGUGAGAUUGACGCUUCGUUCUUUAUUUUCUUUCGCCCAACAAGCGACAGAAACAAGUUUCUGUGCAAUGUGCAUGCGCGUGUGAAAAAAGCGUUCACAAAUGCGAUUGUGUAAUGAACUCACUGAAAACAUUCGGACUUUGAAAACCCGUGUCGCCGUUCGGUGUUGUUACUUGGAUACCAGUGCCUUUUGUCUGAAGUGAAUAAAACAAGAGUGGUGCUAUUUCGGUACGUUCCUGUCAGGUUACGCGCCUGUGAACCCAGCAGUGAUCAGUGAUUGUUGUCGUGGCCGGUUUCCGUUGAGGAAACUUUCCAAACGUGCAUAAAACAGUGGGUAAUGCUUUCCUACCGAAUGCGGGCUGCGCCUGCACGCAUUCCAUAGGGAAGCAAGUGCCGGCAAUAAGCAUUUUACGGGAGGCGAGCGGGGCGGGUGGCGGGGCCGGCAGCGGCGGGCUGCUGGCCAUGAACGCCACCCAGGUGCAGUGCGAGCCCCACGACUCGGUCGUGCUCAUCAAAUAUGAGCACCGGUCCGCAGGAGGCAGCUGGGAGGAGCCAGUGAGCGCGGUGCGGAACGCGCCGCUCAGGCGCUCGCAACGGCUCAAUUCUACGCUGGACUCGAGGAGCACCGGUCAACUGCGGAACACGCUGAGCCGGGCCCGCGAGCUGUGCGAGCGAUGGCGCAGCGGCGGCAACACGCCGUCGCCGCCCGUGCCGCCCGACGACGAGGGCGGCGGGCGGCUCGCGCGCUGGUUCAGCGUGCGCCGCGGCUCCGCGCACCAGUACGACAUGCACGCGCACGAGCCCGACAAGAUGCCCAAGCUGCCCGAGGUUGGUGCCUACACUACGACCGCUGUGUUACACUACGGCAACACGCCGUCGCCGCCCGUGCCGCCCGACGACGAGGGCGGCGGGCGGCUCGCGCGCUGGUUCAGCGUGCGCCGCGGCUCCGCGCACCAGUACGACAUGCACGCGCACGAGCCCGACAAGAUGCCCAAGCUGCCCGAGUUGGAGGAGGACAUGUUUUCGUGCGGCGGCGAGGUGCGCGGGGGUAGGGUCCCGCCGCCCUCGCUGGGCAUCCCCCCGGACUCCAUGACGCCGGUGCAGCUGCGUCGACGGCACGUCGUCGCCGACAUCAUCCACAGCGAAAACUCCUACGUAGCAACCUUGCAGAGGCUUAUAAACGAUUACAAGAAGCCCCUAGAAGAAAGCAGCCCGGCGAUACUGAACGCGAGCAAGAUCCAGACACUGUUCCACCGCCUGCCCGACAUCCUGCAGUGCCACCUGCACUUCCGCACCGCGCUCGCGGAUUGCGCGCGCACGUGGGACCGCGACGAAAAAAUUGGCGAGGUCUUCCUAAGCGCAUUCUCCAAAGCGGUGGUGCUCGACGUAUACUCGGACUUCAUAAACAACUUCUCGGUUGCUAUGGAGCUGGCCAAGAUGGAGUCGAAACGGAAGUCGGCGCUGGCGGACUUCUUCAAAGUGAAACAAAUAAGCGCUCACGACAGGCUCUCCUUCUUUGGUCUCAUGGUGAAGCCGGUGCAGCGGUUUCCUCAGUUCAUUAUGUUUUUACAGGAUCUCUUAAAACACACGCCUCCUGGCCAUUCAGAUCGCGUUGCGUUACAAAGAGCAUUGACAAGACUGGAGGCAUUAGCUGACGCUCUCAAUGAGAGGAAACGUGAUGCGGAAAGAACUCAGGCGUUCCGAGCAGCUCUGCGGCGACUGACGCGCGGCGGGGUGGCGGGCGCGGGCGGCGGCGGCGGCGCUGCAAGGUUCGGCGCCGCGAGACUCUUGGCCUCGCGGGCUGACAAGCGGCAUCUGUUGAGACAGGACAAUCUCGUGCAGCUGGAAUUCAACCAAUCAGGAACGCUGACGAAAUGCAAACCGCGUCGGUUGUUGCUUUUGAACGACCUCGUCGUGUGCGUGUCGGUCGGCACGGGCGGCGACGACACCGAGCGGCUGGGGCUCAAGUGGGCGUACCCCGUGCAGGACGUCGAAGUGCUGGACACUGGGACUUCGCCCACCCUGAGCAGAGUGCUGGCCCAAGGUAUGAACCGCAGUGGGAGCCUCCGUUCGAGCACGAGCAGUCACGGCAGCACUACAACCGGCGACUCCCUCUGCAACGAGAUGUCCGCUCUGAUGCACGACUACGAGACUGUAUCCCGGAUGGCCGACCUGGCCGCCUCACUGAAAGCCCCCUGUCCUGAACUGUCGCCCGAAAUGUUUCGCGCGUUGUUGCAGAAUAUACAACAAAGUAUACAGAAAAAAGAUGACGAAAUGGCGUGGGUGGACUCCUGCUGUCUGCAACUCACGAUCCGCGGUCGAGAGGACGCGGUGACGUUCCGGGCCACGGAGCCGGGCGCGCGCCGCGCGUGGGCCACGGAACUGCGGCUGGCGCAACUGGCGCAGGCGAGGGCGAACUGCCCCGCGUGGAGGCUGCCCGCCUCGCUGCCGUCCCCGCACGCGCUGCCGCACAAGAUGCCGCUGUUUGUGGCCGCCACGCCUGUGUACUCGUCCAGUCAUUUGACAGAGGUUCGAUGUGGGUGCUUCUACACGUCCUCGGGCAGUCCGCGCGGUGCAACGAUGCGGCGCGCGCGCUCGCUGCUGUGGGUGUGCGCGGGCGGCAACGGCAGCAGCCACGUGGCCGUGCUCACGCACCGCGCCGCCAAGCUGAAGACCCUCGUCACACUCGACCUGCCCGACACUAAGGUAACGUCAAUGGAGUACGCAAAGGGGCUCCGACAAGUGAACACGCUAUGCGGCGACACCGUGUGGAUCGGCACCGAGGACAAGACCAUCAUCAUCUUCUCCGGCGUCGAACCAGAAAAGCAAGAGAAGUUGACGGAAGUGACCACCGUGGCUGCCGUCACGCAGAUCAAGUACCACUGCGACUCCAUGUUCGUGGGCCUCGCCAAUGGUAGGGUGUCUGUUUACAGGCGGAAUCACGACGACUCGUGGGCGCUGCACGAGCCGCUCGCCAUAGAACUCGGGGACCAGCCCGUACACUGCGUGCUACCCGUCGACGGCAUCGUGUACGCGUCGUGCGCCAAGCGAGUGUUCGCCAUCAACGCGUUGACUGCCGAAAUCAUGCGAAUCCUGGAACUGAAAGGCGAAGCCGAUCGUUCGGUGAAAUACCUCGCGCAUUCGGGUGUGGGACUGUGGGCUGCGUUUUCAGACUCCACUUACGUCAGUCUCUACCACGCGGAGACGUUCGAACAUCUACAGAAUAUAGACAUCGCUGCUGAUGUGGCGAAAACUAUCGGCGCUAGAGAGGGCAGCAAGCCGGCGUACGUGUCCGCGUUACUGGCUGGACAAGGACUCCUGUGGGUUGGGACCACUGCAGGUGUCAGCGUCACGGUUCCGCUGCCGAAGUUAGAAGGAUUGCCGCUCGUAGGGGGUCACAUAGCCGUGUCGUACCACGCGCAUGCGGGGCCGGUCACGUUCCUCCUCUCGCUGACUUCGGAGAACCGCGAAAUGGACGUCAACAUGGUCCGACGCAACCUAUCGAAUGCGAGAGCUCUCGCCGAAACCGUUCAAGAGCUGAAAGAGGAGGAAUCGAAGGAGGAGAACGAUAAGCACAAGCUGGAGAGGCGGAUAUCGGAGGAGAUGAGCCCGUACCGACCGCAGCGCGUGCAGUCCGCUGUCAUACGCAGAAAAAAGCCCGGUGACGUGCGGUUGAGUAAGACUCUACCGAAGUGCGCGAAUUUGAACGCGUGCGACGUUUACGGGCUGUUCGGCGAUCUGAUGUUCGUGAAGGACUGCGUGGGUGAGGCCGACGUCAGCGGCUCCGGCGGCGAAACGCUCAGGCGGAGCGAUCCCGAGCUGGCGGCGAUACCUUUCCGCGUCAGCACUCUGGACAGGCGAUUGAGGAUGAGGGCGGGGCGGCCGCGGAGCUUAGAUCUGUCGAGCUGGUCGGUAGACUCGCGGGCGUCUAGUCUGUGCACGUCGUCCGGCAGCGAGGAGUCCAUGGCUCUCCGCGGCGUGUCCCGAACUAGUUCAGGCGCUUCGGGUGCCGCGAAUUUAGCUCCGAUGGCGGCUUCCACGCCGGAUUCCUCCUCCGGUAAAUCGAGUGCUUCCGAGCGGUCGAUAUCGAGGAGCGAUUCCGCGACGGCCGCUCCGGAGUUACGUCCGAAAAACAAAAGCGCCGCCCGUAGUCUCCGCGGUGCUGAUUAUAUAGUGGGCGACAGUGCGGCGCGGCGGUCGGUGGUGACCGUCGUGGGUGGGCGGGGCUAUGUGGACUGGCGGCAGACGGCGGACGCGGCCGAGCGACCCACCCCCGCCGCGGACCCCAACCCCAAAGACGCCCAUCUCAUACUGUGGGAGAUGCGAAUGUAAAUUUCUAUACAAAAGCCAUACUCGAGGAGUACUGUUUACCAACAAACAAAUUAAAAAUGAGGGUAUAAAUCGCUAGUCAUUACACACCUACUAAUAAUUAUAAUGAAAUUGUUCUUAAACUAAUGAAAAUAAAUAUGAUUAAUAAGCUUAAAACAAUGCGAUAUAGUUACUAUAUUUUGAAUAAUAUUUUACACAAAACAACGAUACAUCAUUUAAAAUAAAAAAGUUAUGAAAUGACAUGCGUUUCUACCCUCAUUUUUAGAUUGUUUGUUGGUAAACAGUAAUCCUCGAAUAUGACUUUAGUAUAGUAUUACGUCUUGAGAACACCAUCGAAGCAUUUAUAUUAGGUUGUCCUGAAUACUGGAUAUCAAAAAAUUUACUAAACGUAAAUCGAUUAGAUGUCUACGUCAUACAGAGAUCGGUUGAAUAUUGAUGUAGUCUUACGUAUUUUUGUAAUUUGUAAAUAGCCAGAGCACCUGUAGAUUUUUGUAAAUUCAACGUAAAAUAAUUAUGUUAGUAUGUAGUUUUGCUAACAUAUCUGUUACUAAACCAUUUAAAAGCGUCUAUUCCUGAACUGAAAAUAGCCGCUUGAUAUAAAAAAAACAAAGUUUAAUAUAAAUGAAUGAAUACACAGAGUGUAAAUAAUGUGAUAAGCUUUAAAUUAUUUUUGGAUGUUAGGGCCUAAUUGAUUGCAACCCAUAUUUACAAUGGUUUGUAGUGCGUAAUUAUAACAGGUGCAUUAUUAUUGUGAUCAUUUUAAAUGAAUAUGCAAUUUCGAAAAGGGUGCAUGUCGAAAAAUUUAAAUAUCCAGAAUUAAA